CGUACUGCGCAGCACAGUGCCUGCGGAGCUACCAGCGUCCUUCCUGCUUAUCCUGGCUAGCCGUCCGAGUGCUGGCAUUCUAGUGUUCGCACUAUGACAAACAUUCCGCAUUAACGACACAACAGAAACGUUUGCAUCAUACCAACACAAACAACUGUCGCCAUGGUGAUCCUGUCAGGCACAGCCACAGUGCUGCAGCAGUUUGUCAGCGGCUUAAAGAGUCGAAACGAAGACACCCGAGCAAAGUCUGCCAAAGAUCUGCAGCAUUAUGUGACCACAGAGCUGAGAGAGCUCAGCCAAGAUGAAGCCACGACGUUCUACGACGAGUUAAACCACCACAUAUUUGAGCUGGUGUCCAGCUCUGACGUGAAUGAGAAGAAAGGAGGCAUACUCGCUAUCGUGAGUCUCAUUGGCGUUGAGGGAGGAAAUGCCACCAGGAUCAGUCGCUUUGCCAACUACCUCCGCAACCUCCUGCCUUCCAGCGAUCCUGUGGUCAUGGAGAUGGCCUCCAAAGCAAUGGGCCACCUGUCUAUGGCGGGAGACACCUUCACCGCUGAAUAUGUGGAGUUUGAAGUGAAGAGAGCUCUGGAGUGGCUGGGGGCCGACCGAAACGAAGGCAGGCGCCAUGCAGCUGUGUUGGUGCUGAGGGAGCUGGCCGUCAGCGCACCCACCUUCUUCUUCCAGCAAGUCCAGCCCUUCUUCGACAACAUCUUUUAUGCAGUCUGGGACCAGAAGCAGGCCAUCCGAGAGGGCGCCGUGUCGGCCCUGCGAGCCUGUCUCAUCCUCACCACCCAGAGGGAGACCAAAGAGAUGCAGAAGCCUCAGUGGUACAAGCAAACGUUUGAGGAGGCGGAGAAAGGCUUCGACGAGACUUUGGCUAAGGAGAAAGGGAUGAAUCGGGACGACAGGGUUCACGGGGCGCUCCUGAUUCUGAACGAGCUGGUCCGCAUCAGCAGCAUGGAGGGAGAGCGAAUGCGUGAGGAGAUGGAGGAGAUCACACAGCAGCAGCUGGUCCACGACAAGUACUGCAAGGAGCUGAUGGGAUUUGGAACCAAGCCCCGCCAUAUUACGCCCUUCACCAGUUUCCAGUCGGUGCAGCCGCAGCAGUCAAACGCUUUGCUGGGCCUGCUGGGCUACAGCACGCCGCAGGGCUUCCUCACCUUCGGAGCCGCUCCGGUACCGGCCAAGAGCUCCCUGGUGGAGAGCCGGUACUGCCGUGAGCUGAUGGAGGAGAGGUUCGAUCAGGUGUGCCGCUGGGUCCUGAAGUACAAAACCAGUAAAAACCCGCUGAUACAGAUGACCAUCCUCAACCUGCUGCCGCGCUUAGCUGCCUUCCAGCCGCACAACUUCACAGAUCAGUACUUGUCAGACUCCAUGGGACACUUGCUAGGCUGUCUGAAGAAGGAGAAGGAGAGGACGGCAGCCUUUCAGGCUCUGGGACUGCUGGUCGUUGCUGUCAGGACAGAAAUUCAGCCCUACCUGUCAAAGAUCCUGGAGAUCAUCAAGGCGGCGCUGCCACCCAAAGACUUUGCACACAAGAGGCAGAAGACCAUUCAGGUGGACGCCACGGUGUUCACGUGCAUCAGCAUGCUCUCCAGAGCCAUGGGGCCCAGCAUCCAGCCGGACAUCAAGGAGCUGCUGGAGCCCAUGCUGGCAGUGGGGCUGAGUCCCGCCCUCACAGCGGUGCUGUACGACCUGAGCCGCCAAAUCCCUCAGCUCAAGAAGGACAUCCAGGACGGCUUGCUGAAGAUGCUGUCCUUGGUGCUGAUGCACAAGCCGCUCCGACACCCCGGCAUGCCCAAAGGCCUGGCUCACCAGAUGGCCUCGCCGAGUCUCACCAACAUCCCAGAGGCGGGGGAUGUGGGGGGCAUCACGCUGGCCCUGCGCACGCUGGGGAGCUUCGAGUUUGAAGGACACUCCCUGACCCAGUUUGUUCGCCACUGCGCCGACCACUUUCUGAACAGCGAGCACAAGGAGAUCCGGAUGGAAGCGGCUCGCACCUGCUCCCGCCUCCUCACGCCCUCCAUCAACCUGAUCAACGGCCACGUCGUCAGCCAGACCGCCGUGCAGGUCGUUGCAGACGUGCUCAGCAAGCUGCUGGUUGUUGGCAUCACUGAUCCAGAUCCAGACAUUCGGUACUGUGUCCUUGCCUCGCUGGAUGAGCGUUUCGAUGCUCACCUGGCCCAGGCGGAGAACCUCCAGGCGCUGUUCGUUGCCCUGAACGACGAGGUGUUUGAGAUCAGAGAGCUGGCCAUCUGCACCAUCGGCCGCCUGAGCAGCAUGAAUCCCGCAUUCGUCAUGCCUUUCCUCCGCAAAAUGCUCAUCCAGAUCCUAACAGAGCUGGAACACAGUGGAGUCGGCAGGAACAAAGAGCAGAGCGCUCGCAUGCUGGGUCACCUGGUGUCCAACGCCCCCCGCCUCAUCCGGCCGUACAUGGAGCCCAUCCUUAAGGCUCUCAUCCUCAAACUGAAAGAUCCAGACCCAAACCCAGCCGUGGUGAUUAGUGUCCUCGCAACGAUUGGAGAACUGGCUCAAGUGAGCGGGCUGGAGAUGAGGAAGUGGAUGGACGAGCUUUUCCCCAUCAUCAUGGACAUGCUGCAGGACUCCUCAUCGCUGGCCAAACGGCAGGUGGCGCUGUGGACAUUGGGCCAGCAGGUUGCCAGCACGGGCUACGUGGUGGAGCCGUACCGCAAAUAUCCGUCUCUCCUGGAGGUGCUGCUGAAUUUCCUCAAGACUGAACAAAACCAAGGGAUCAGAAGAGAGGCCAUCCGUGUCCUGGGUCUCCUCGGAGCUCUGGAUCCUUACAAGCACAAGGUGAACAUCGGCAUGAUCGACCAAUCCCGAGACGCUUCGGCCGUCAGUCUGUCCGAGUCCAAGUCCAGCCAGGACUCAGCGGACUACAGCACCAGUGAGAUGUUGGUGAACAUGGGCAACCUGCCCCUGGAUGAGUUCUACCCUGCGGUGGCCAUCGUGACGUUGAUGCGCAUCCUGAGAGAUCCCUCCCUCUCCAACCAUCACACCAUGGUGGUCCAGGCGGUCACCUUCAUUUUCAAGUCUCUGGGGCUCAAGUGCGUUCAGUUCCUGCCGCAGGUCAUGCCCACGUUCCUCAACGUCAUCCGCGUCUGCGAUGCCAGCAUUCGUGAGUUCCUCUUCCAGCAGAUGGGAAUGGUCGUGUGUUUUGUGAAGAUUCACAUCCGCCCGUACAUGGACGACAUCUUCACCCUUAUCAGAGAGUACUGGACUCCCAACAACCCCAUGCAGAACACCAUCAUCCUCCUGAUCGAGCAGAUUGUGGUGGCGCUCGGUGGAGAGUUCAAGCUCUACCUGCCUCAGCUCAUCCCACACAUGCUGCGCGUUUUCAUGCACGACAACAGCACCGGCCGCAGCGUAACCAUCAAGCUGCUAAAUGCCAUCCAGCUGUUUGGUGCUAACCUGGACGACUACCUUCACCUGCUGCUGCCCCCCAUUGUCAAACUAUUUGAUGCCCCCGACGUUCCCCUGCAGGCCCGCAAGGUUGCCUUGGAGACCCUCGACAGGCUGACGGAGUCCCUGGACUUCACAGACUACGCUUCUCGCAUCAUUCACCCCAUCGUUAGGGCGCUUGACAGCACUCCUGAGUUACGGUCCACCUCCAUGGACACCCUGUCCUCACUGGUUUUCCAGUUGGGAAAGAAGUACCAGAUAUUUAUCCCCAUGGUGAACAAAGUGAUGCUGAAGCACAGGAUCAAUCACCAGCGCUACGACAUUCUCAUAUGCCGCAUUGUGAAAGGCUACACUCUGGCAGAGGAGGAGGAGGACCCUCUAAUCUUCUCCCAUCGCCAGCUCCGCGGCAACAAAGGUGACGCUCUGGUCAGCGGGCCGGUGGAGCCGGGCCCCAUGAAGAAGCUGCACGUCAGCACCACGGCACUUCAGAAGGCCUGGGGUGCCGCGAGGAAGGUGUCCAAAGACGACUGGCUGGAGUGGCUGAGGCGCCUGAGCGUGGUUCUGCUCAAAGAGUCGUCUUCUCCAGCCCUGCGGUCGUGCUGGUCACUGGCGCAGACCUACAUCCCACUUGCCAGAGACCUGUUCAACGCGGCGUUUCUGUCGUGUUGGUCCGAGCUGAGCGAGGACCAGCAGGACGAGCUCAUCCGCAGCAUCGAGCUGGCUCUCACCUCGCAAGACAUCGCCGAGGUCACACAAACGCUGCUGAACCUGGCGGAGUUCAUGGAGCACAGUGACAAGGGCCCUCUGCCUCUGAGAGACGAUAACGGCAUUGUGCUGCUCGGGGAGAGAGCCGCCAAAUGUCGCGCCUAUGCCAAGGCCCUUCAUUACAAAGAGCUGGAGUUCCAGAAAGGCCCUUCUCCUCUCAUCCUGGAGUCUCUGAUCAGCAUCAACAAUAAACUGCAGCAGCCGGAGGCGGCGUCAGGGGUGCUGGAAUACGCCAUGAAGCAUUUUGGGGAGCUGGAAAUCCAAGCCACCUGGUAUGAGAAGCUCCAUGAGUGGGAAGACGCUCUUUUGGCUUAUGACAAGAAGAUCGACAUGAACAAGGAGGAUCCAGAGCUCAUUCUGGGCAGAAUGCGCUGCUUGGAGGCCCUGGGAGAAUGGGGUCAGCUGCACCAGCAAUGCUGUGAAGAGUGGACGCUGGUCAGCGAGGAAACCCAAGCCAAGAUGGCUCGUAUGGCUGCCGCCGCCGCCUGGGGCCUAGGACAAUGGGACAGCAUGGAGGAGUACACGUGUAUGAUUCCAAGAGACACGCACGACGGCGCAUUUUACAGAGCCGUGCUCGCCUUACAUCAGGACCUGUACUCGUUGGCUCAGCAGUGCAUCGAUAAAGCCAGAGAUCUCCUGGAUGCAGAGCUGACGGCCAUGGCAGGAGAGAGUUACAGCCGGGCCUACGGGGCCAUGGUGUCGUGUGAGAUGCUGUCAGAGCUGGAGGAAGUCAUCCAGUACAAACUGGUGCCAGAGAGGAGGGACAUCAUCAGGGAGACGUGGUGGGAGAGGCUCCAGGGCUGUCAGCGCAUCGUAGAGGACUGGCAGAGAAUCCUGAUGGUUCGAUCGUUGGUCAUCAACCCUCACGAAGACAUGAGGACGUGGCUUAAAUACGCCAGCCUUUGUGGGAAGAGCGGGCGGCUGGCUCUGGCCCAUAAGACACUGGUGCUUCUUCUGGGGGUUGACCCCUCCAAGCAGCUCGAUCACCCUUUGCCCACCACUCACCCACACGUUACAUACGCAUACAUGAAAUACAUGUGGAAAAGCACACGCAAGAUCGACGCCUUCCAGCACAUGCAGCAUUUUGUUCAGGGGGUGCAGCAGCAGGCCCAGCACGCCGUUGCAGCCGAGGACCAUCAGCGCAAACAGGAGCUCCACAAACUCAUGGCCAGAUGUUUCUUGAAACUCGGAGAGUGGCAGCUCAGCCUGCAGGGCAUCAACGAGAGCACCAUCCCCAAAGUCCUGCAGUACUACAGCAACUCAACUGAGCACGACCGCAACUGGUACAAGGCUUGGCAUGCCUGGGCCGUGAUGAACUUCGAGGCCGUGCUGCACUACAAACACCAGAACCAGGCGCGGGACGAGAAGAAGAAACUGCGACACGCCAGCGGGGCCAGCGCCAACAGCGAAGCCAGCAACAGCGACAGCGAGGUGGACAGCACCGACCAGAGCCCGGUACCGUCACCGGGCCAGAAGAAGGUCAACGAGGACCUCUCCAAGACGCUGCUGCUGUACACCGUUCCUGCAGUGCAGGGCUUCUUCCGCUCCAUCUCCCUGUCCAGAGGAAACAACCUGCAGGACACGCUCAGGGUUUUGACUCUCUGGUUUGACUACGGUCACUGGCCUGAAGUGAAUGAAGCUCUGGUUGAAGGCAUCAAGACUAUUCAGAUAGACACCUGGCUGCAGGUGAUCCCGCAGCUCAUCGCUCGCAUCGACACUCCCCGGGCUCUGGUCGGUCGUCUCAUCCACCAGCUCCUGACAGACAUCGGGCGGUAUCAUCCACAGGCUUUGAUCUACCCGCUGACUGUGGCCUCCAAGUCCACCACCACCGCUCGCCAUAACGCUGCCAACAAGAUCCUGAAGAACAUGUGUGAACACUGCAACACCCUGGUUCAGCAGGCCAUGAUGGUCAGCGAGGAGCUCAUCCGAGUGGCCAUUCUGUGGCACGAAAUGUGGCACGAGGGUCUGGAGGAGGCGUCCCGCCUUUACUUUGGAGAGCGCAACGUGAAGGGCAUGUUUGCUGUGCUGGAGCCGCUCCACGCCAUGAUGGAGAGAGGCCCCCAGACGCUCAAAGAGACCUCCUUCAACCAGGCCUACGGCAGGGACCUGAUGGAGGCUCAGGACUGGUGCAGGAAGUACAUGCGCUCCGGCAACGUCAAAGAUCUGACCCAGGCUUGGGACCUCUACUACCACGUGUUCAGACGCAUCUCCAAACAGCUUCCACAGCUGACCUCCCUGGAGCUGCAGUACGUGUCUCCAAAGCUGCUGAUGUGUCGCGACCUGGAGCUCGCCGUACCUGGAACUUAUGACCCCAACCAGCCCAUCAUUCGAAUCCAGUCGAUCGCAGCCUCCUUGCAGGUCAUCACCUCUAAGCAGCGCCCGCGCAAACUCACCAUCAUGGGGAGCAAUGGCCACGAGUUCAUGUUCCUGCUGAAAGGCCACGAGGACCUGAGGCAGGAUGAGAGAGUCAUGCAGCUCUUCGGUUUGGUCAACACGCUGCUGGCCAACGACCCCGCCUCCCUACGCAAGAACCUCAGCAUCCAGCGCUACGCCGUCAUCCCUCUGUCCACCAACUCGGGCCUGAUCGGCUGGGUUCCGCACUGCGACACCCUCCACGCCCUCAUCAGAGACUACAGAGAGAAGAAGAAGAUCCUGCUCAACAUCGAGCACCGCAUCAUGCUCAGGAUGGCGCCAGACUACGACCACCUGACCCUGAUGGAGAAGGUGGAGGUGUUUGAGCAUGCAGUGAACAACACCGCCGGAGACGACCUGGCCAAGCUGCUGUGGCUGAAGAGCCCCAGCUCCGAGGUGUGGUUCGACCGGAGGACCAACUACACCCGCUCCCUGGCCGUCAUGUCCAUGGUGGGCUACAUCCUCGGCCUGGGCGACAGGCAUCCAUCUAACUUGAUGUUGGACCGGCUGAGCGGGAAAAUCCUUCACAUCGACUUUGGAGACUGCUUUGAAGUGGCCAUGACCAGAGAGAAGUUUCCAGAGAAGAUCCCGUUCCGUCUGACCAGGAUGCUGACCAACGCCAUGGAGGUGACGGGCCUGGAUGGUAACUACCGGAUCACCUGUCACACGGUGAUGGAGGUGCUGCGGGAGCACAGGGACAGCGUCAUGGCCGUGCUGGAGGCCUUUGUCUAUGACCCCCUGCUCAACUGGAGGCUCAUGGACACCAGCACCAAAGGCACCAAGCGUUCCCGGACCAGGACCGACUCGUACACGGCAGGACAGUCAGUGGAAGCUCUGGAGGGAAUCGACCUCGGAGAGACGACGCACAAGAAGGCCGGGACCACAGUUCCAGAGUCCAUCCACUCCUUCAUCGGAGACGGUUUGGUGCAGCCCGAAGCUCUGAACAAGAAAGCCAUUCAGAUCAUCAACAGAGUCCGGGACAAACUCACGGGUCGAGACUUUUCUCACGACGAAACGCUGGAUGUGCCGACGCAAGUGGAGCUCCUCAUCAAGCAGGCCACGUCUCAUGAAAACCUGUGCCAGUGCUACAUCGGCUGGUGCCCGUUUUGGUGAAGAAUCGUCUCUUUUUGCCAGGAUGACUCUGAUAUUGAUUUUCUAGAAGGAGUGGGCGACUGGCGCAGUCGUCCUCUGGAAAAAGACACUUUUUCAGCGCCUUUCAAAUCGAUAUCGAACCUCCUGAGGAUCUGUUUCUAUCCCACUUUCAUCCUGUAAACUGAAGUCAGCGCUUUGAGCCAAUCCCAGUUUUUUAAUGUCUUAUUUGGGUGCAUAAUGCUUUCUACGGCAGCCAUAUUGUAAUAAUUUAAAACAUUUCAUAUUUUACGCACUUCUUUAAAAACAAUCUAAUGUAUCUGUGCAUCAACUAGACCCAGUCCACAGGCGUGGCCUAACUUUACCUGUAAAAAAUGGAUCAGAAAUUCCUUUGAUGUCUGGGCGUUUUUGUGCCAUUAAACUAUACAGAAGCUGC